AAAGUUCUCAAUUCAGUAUUAUAAAUUGCUUCCUGCAAACACCUCAAGCACGUGUUGUCAACAAUGGCUCAAGGUUCCUUGAAAAGUAAACUAAAAGUCCCCAACAUGAAGAAUAAGCAAAAACACGGAGUGAGGAAACAGUCCAUGAAAAAGCAGAGAGGACGAUAUAUUCAACCAAAAAAUGCAAAGGUUAAAGAGAAUGAAAAAUUGAAGCUGUUUCUGGAAAAAGAGAUCAAGACCAACAUUGAAAAUGAAGUAUCAUCCGUGGCCAUUUCAAAUGAAGCAAAGAAGUUUCAUAUUGUGAAGUUAAGUAAACAAGCUGCUGGAAGAAUAGAAAAAAAGAGGAAACAGAAAGGCAAAAAAUAAGGAAUAAAACUAAAAAAAAAUAAUUUAUAAUUUUGA